UUGACUGACAGCACUACACCAGCCCUGACCGCUGCCUCCCCUAAUUGGACUUGAGCGCGAUUUACUUUACAAACACAAUUUAUUUCUUUGUGUAAAAACACUGUUUCUCGGUAAAACAGAGGAGGAUGAGCUGCAGAUGUGUGAGUUUAAAAGUGAGGGGUGAAAUGCGCUGCCGGAGCUCCGUUUAGCCCCUGUCUGUGUGGGAUCUUUUGUCUGUUCAGUCAGAUCCUCCAGCUCUGAGGAGGAUCCUUCAGCACUGAGCUCCUCAAACCUGCCUCUGAUCAGACUGAGGGACCGGCGGACUGAGCGCAUGAGGUGCUCUCUAACUGGAAGCUUUAGGAGGUUCCUCUGUGAUGUCCGAUGGGCAGCCAUGAGGUGUAGAAAGCUGCUGCUGUGUCUGAUUGAUCUGUGGAACGAUGAGCACUCAGACCUCUCUCUGGACUUUGAGCAAGCUUGGAGAAUGCAGCUAAGAAACAAUGAGGAGAUCAAAGACCCGGAGGGGGAAGCUCUACUGUCCUUUUUUUCAUUCACUCCGGGACUCUCUCUCCUCUACACCUUGUGCACGAUGUUGCGUUCAUCAUUACUCAAGGUCACUGUGCUGAGGCUGUCAGCUGACCUGCUCAUCUUAUUUGGCCUUUUCACCCUUAGGUGGGCAAUCUUGUUCUGUGAGGGGCAGCCUGUGCUUGACUGGGCAGAGUAUGUCUAUACUCUGGUCAUCCUGGGGUCAGCCUGCUGCUAUGCUGUGUCUCAACACCUGCUUCAGAGACUGAGCAGAAAAACUGCAGCCAGCGCUCAAGCAGCCUUAUCUGGUGCCCUCUGCAGGAAGGCAUUGUCUUUGUCCAACAGCCCCCAGCACCAGACUGACUGCACUGAAGUGGUCUCCCAGCUGUCGGUGGAUGCUGACCGCGUCACAGAGCUGGUGGGGACCCUUCCAUGGCUCUUCUCCUCUCCCCUGAGGGUGGCUCUCUGUGUGUGGAUCCUAUGGAUUGAGCUGGGCUUUGCUGUGAUGGGGGGUGUGAUACUGCUGCUUUGUCUUGUUUUAGUCCAGUCUUCAAUGGAGCAUCGCAUCAGACUGCUACAGUGCAGUCAAGUGGUGAUUCGAGAGGAAAGCAAAAACCUCAUUAAGGAGAUGCUGAAUGAGAUUAAGGCAUUGAAGCUGCAGGCGUGGGAGAAUAUAUUCCAGCACCAGGUUUCAGAGGUGUGGGAGCGGGAACUGGAGACGCUCAGAGUUCUGGGCUAUCUUAAGGCCUUUUCUACACUCAUCCAUAUUUGCAUGCCUUUUCUGGUGUGUCUGUUCAGCCUGGGUGCGUUUGUGCUGAUGGAUGAGGGAAACGUUUUGACGCCCUCUCAGGUGUUCAUGUGUCUGUGUAUCUUCAGAAUGCUUCUGCAUCCAAUCCUGAAAGUCCACACACUCUCAUCUCAUUUGAAAGAGACAGAGCAGUCUGCCUGCCGCCUGGAGGAAUUUCUUAUGACUGGAGAUCCAGACACUAAGAAUUUUCAUGUAGACACUUUGCAAGAAUUACCCAGCAGGCUCCAGCACUGUGACAGAUGUAAUAACAGGACACACUGUGAAACCGAAAAGGAAUCAGAGCUGUUUCCCAUCCGUAAACAGGGCAGUGGAGGGGCACUCUGGCAGUAUCUGAGGGCUUUUGGCUGGCACUGGGUAAUUCUCACCCUGUUGGCCCAGCUGGGGGUGUGUUUGGUGGGUGUGGCCCAUAAUGGGUUACUGUGCGUGUGGACGGCGGAGGCGAAGGAGGUGCAGGGUCUGGAGGAGUGGAAGGAGCUCAGAAACUCACGCCUGUCUGUCUACACACUGUUCGGGCUCCUGCAGGCACUGCUGGUGAGCUGGGCAGCAUAUUGUGUGAACUGUGGCUCUUUUAGGGCCUCCCAGUCUCUGCAGUGUAAUCUGAUCUCCAGUGUCCUUCACCUGCCCCUAAGUGUGCACCUGACCACUGACCCCACACAUCUACUGCACACCUUUACUCAGAACAUGUACGUGGUUGAAGAGCAACUGCCCCAACAUCUGCACACCUUGGGAAGUUGUCUGCUGCAGAUGAUUGCUUCCUUACUGCUGAUCACCUUCAUCAUCCCUGUCUUCAGCAUCGCACUGUGUCCUCUAACCUUCCUCUUCCUCACUGUCCAGUCUCAUUACUCUUCUGUACAGAAUCAGGUCAGACACAUGUCUUCAGUUGUCCCAUCAGUGCAUAUGAAGCAGUUUAAUGGAGACCCAACUUUACCUCACAUGCGUGAGGAACUCUGUCUGAACCAUGUCCUCCAAACCCUUAGUCAGAACCUGCAGAUACAACAAAACAGCAUCGACAUGGAGAGGUGGGCUUUGUUGCGGCUGGACGCUGUUUGGGCAGUGGGUUUAUUCCUUAUCAGUCUGGUCUUACUGGACAGUGCAGACUCUCUGGACUCUGGCAUCAUAGCUUUGGCUUUAGUUUAUGGCUUCAGUAUGAGAGAAGUGAUGCACCUGUACACGGUCAGCUCUGCCGAAAUUUCAAGCAAAGCACUUGCAGUACAGAGAAUCUGUGUUUACACCAAAAUGGAGAAGGAGCCAGAAUGCAGAAAGGAUCACAGAGACCCCCCUGAUUGGCCCUGGAAAGGAGAGAUUGAGUUUAUACAGUAUGCAACUGAGGCUUGUCCCACUUCACCAGCAUUCAGAGGAGUUAACUUCAGCAUUUCAAAAGGAGAGAGUGUUGGAGUUAUAAGCAGAGAGAAAGCUGAGACAGAUGGUGUGAUUAGCUGUCUGUUCAGAGCAGUGGAGGCCAGUUGUGGAGCUAUUCUUAUUGAUGGAGUAAACAUUGCCAGUGUGAGCCUCCACACCCUGCGCAGCCGCCUGCAUCUCAUCCCUCAGGUGCCUGUGCUGUUCUCCAGUUCUGUGAGGGCCAAUGUGGAUCCUUAUGCACUGUGCUCUGAUGCCCAGGUGUGGCAGGUGUUGGAGCUGUGCCAGUUAAAAGAAAAGCUGCUUCACCCCAUACAGAGCAGCUCCACCGCUCACAGGUUCAUUAGCUCUGGAGAAAAAAGGCUGCUGUGUUUGGCCAGGGCUCUGCUGGGUAAGGCCGGAGUGCUGCUGGUAGAGGAAGCUCAUCCUGAUUCAGAAUCAGAGUGUCUGCUUCAGCAGCUAGUCCGUACUCAUCUCCCAGAAUGCACUGUGCUGUGGCUGAGUCAGAAUCCAAACAAUGUCAUGCAUACAGACAGGGUGCUGGUUCUGGAUGCUGGUCAUCCUGUGGAGUUUGACUCUCCCUCCGUUCUCCUCCAGCAGGGGAAGCUGUUCAGACAACUGCUGCGGGAGUCACAGAGAGGCGGUGUCUAACAGGAAAAUCUAUAUAUAAAUACUGUAUAGCAGGAGUAUCCAGUCUUCUCCACCAAAAGCCAGUGUGGCUGCAGGUUUUAUUUUUUAUUUCAUUUGUUUAUUUAGUCUUCACACAUCUCAUCAUGUGUGCUUUUGCUUUGUUGUAAUCACUGACUAUGUUCACAUUACAAGCCUAAUUAUUUCCAGUUUACUUGCUUAGGUCAGAUUUGGCAAUAUUGACACUUUUUCAAAAUUCAUAAAUGUAAGUAAUCUGUAUCUGUCUAUAAUCUGUCCCUGACACAGCACACAUGAUACAUUUAUCACAUUGCCUCUUGUUCUGCCAUACUGCCAGUGUUAUACCAAAUUUCUACUCCCUGCCAGAAUCGGAUUCCUUCUACCUGUGUUCUGUUUGUUUUUUGUCAGAAAAAAUAUUAAUAGAAUUUAAUUACAAAAAUCAGCAGCAGUCUGUUGUGCCAUUACUGCUGUGUAAUCCGUGUUCACAAAACUGUUGCUUUGAGUUGGAUUCUUCCAGGCAGUCAAAGUUCUGUACAACACUGAUGGUGGCUGAUGGUUAUAUCACUAAGCACAUGCAUACCGGCAAAAAGAGGCAUAAAAUCUGAUCUGACUGUUCACGUUCAUACAUAUCUGAUCUGAUCUUGCUUCAGUUUUUGAGACGUUUUUCUGUCAGAAAAAUAAAACAUGCAGUCAUACCAGAUGAACAAUAAAAUAUACAUGUUUUGUUACAAUAAAGCAGCUAUUUAGUAAUAGAUUGAGUGCUACUGUUAAAACAAUACAAACAAAAAAAAAAAUAUUUUUUUUUGAUGACAGGUGAAUGCUAACAUAACACCAAGGGCAAAAAGUGAUUAGACUUUUUUUUAUUCUGAAUAAUUAAUCAAUAUAUAUAUAUAUAUAUAUAUAU